AUGCAUUUUUCGUCUCCCAAAAUGGUUUGCGAGACGAAAAUUGUUGCGGACGAACACGAUGCUAUACCUGGAACCAAAAAGGAGUCGAUGAUGUGGAGCUCCCCUCCAUCCAGCGCGCCCAUGAGCCCCGCGGAGCCCGAGGAUGGGAGGAACGAUGCAGUUUAUAUCCGCGAGUUCGAGUGCGGGGAUCAAGAAGAGGUGCGGCGCAUCUUUUACGAGGGUAUAAUGGAGAGGAUACCCAACACGGCGUUUAGGGGGAUCAGGCAGCAGCCAAAGACCCAGUGUUUAUAUGCUCUCCUGACGGUAAUGUGCUUUUUCGUGACCAAAUCCGUCACGCUGACCUGUUGUGCACCCCUCAUUCUCAUGGGUGCGCGCUACUACUACAGCUGGAAAGUUAUCCACAGCUAUCUGGACUGUGCUCUGCAAACGGACAUGGCUGACAUAGAGGCUUAUUACAUGACACCCACAGGCUCCCGUUUCUGGGUGGCGAUGCUCGACGGACGCGUGGUGGGCAUCGUGGCGGCGAAUGGCCGCGAGGACGACAACACGGUGGAGCUGCGGCGCAUGUCGGUGGACUCUCGCUACCGCGGCAAAGGCAUCGCCAAGGCCCUGGGCCGCCGCGUCCUGGAGUUCGCCGUGCGCAACAACUACGCCGGCGUGGUCCUCGGCACGACGGCCGUCAAGCUGGCCGCCCACAAGCUGUACGAGUCGCUGGGCUUCCGCCGGACCAGCCAGAGCGAGGACCACAGGCUCCCCGGGAUGAGCCGCUCGCCGCUGGAGAGGCUCUUCUUCCAGAUCCGCUACAGCCGCUACCACUUGCAGCUCCGCGAGGAGUGA